AAUAAUUGUUCAAUCAAUGCUUGUAACAUAACACAUCAAAUCAUGCGAAACUUAAGGAAUUCGAGGCAUACCCUUGUUGAGUUUCCCAGCGACUCCCUGCCACCCACAGCUACCACCUGGGACCCUGCUACAGACGGACUUAUCGCUGCCUUCGGUCCUUCAUCUUCCAGCCCGGUCAUCGAACUCAGACGCAUAGCCAAGGACUGUUACUCAAGCGAGCAUGCCAAACAAAUCGCUUCAUGGGACGCGCCCAGUCCUCUGCCAGAUAUCCCCGUCGACCGUAUCUUGUCGUUGCAAUACUUUGCCGACACUGCUACCAUCUGUUUGAUCUUGGCUGGUGGCGAUAUCGUCAUUGUAAGAGAAGAGCCAUUGCCCGGAGAGGACCUUAUCGAAAUCGUUGGUUCGGUCGACGAAGGUAUUGCUGCAGCUGCAUGGUCGCCUGAUGAAGAACUGCUGGCUAUCAGCACUCGCGCCAACACCUUGAUUCUCAUGACUCGCGAUUUCGAGAGCAUUGCCAACAUCACCCUUUCUCCAGAAGAUGUCCAGGUCUCAGCGCAUGUUUCUGUCGGCUGGGGCAAGCGUGAGACGCAAUUCCAAGGCAAGAGAGCCAAGGCUUUGAAAGAUCCUACAGUGCCUGAGCACGUCGACGAGGGUCAACUUAGUUCUUUGGAUCAGAUGCAAACAACAAUCAGCUGGCGUGGAGAUGGUGCUUACCUCGCUGUUAACUCUGUUCAAGAUGGGAAGCGAAGAAUGAUCAGAGUCUACUCACGAGAAGGUGUACUUGAGAGUGUUGGCGAGCCUGUAGAUGGACUUGAGGGUGCUUUGAGCUGGAGACCUGCUGGAAAUCUUAUGGCUGGUAUUCAGCGCCGAUCUGAUCGUGUCGAUGUGGUCUUCUUCGAGCGAAACGGCUUGCGUCACGGUGAAUUCUCUCUGCGUCUAUCUGCAGAGGAUAUGGAAAGCUGGGCCAGUACCAUCACUCUUGCGUGGAACAGUGAUUCUACUGUCCUUGCUGUCUCUUUCAAAGAAAGAGUACAGUUGUGGACCAUGGGCAACUAUCACUACUACCUCAAGCAGGAGAUCUUCACGAAUGCUACAUCUGAAGCAGAGUCACUCUCGGUUCGCACUGCCUGGCAUCCGGAGAAGGCACUGUACCUUUCUGCAUCAUCCGACUACUCCCUGCACAUGCUCUCGUAUGUAUUCACCGUCUCAAAGAGCUCGACAUCGCCGCCAAACGAUCUUGGCCUCACCUCUGUCAUCGAUGGCCGUAACCUGAAGAUCACACCACUCCGAGUAGCCAACGUACCGCCGCCUAUGGCUUUUGCGGAAUUGGAACUUGGUGCCAAUGCUAUUGAUGUUGCUGUCAACCAAUCAGCAACGAUGAUCGCAGUCCUGCAUCAGCAAGGUGUUUUCCUUUAUGAGCUCAACUACAGUGUCAGGCCUUUCCAACAUCCUAGGCUUUUGCGCGAGGUACCAAUGGCUGAGCAAAUUCCUCGACAAAUCGCUUUCUCUGGAGAGGACAAUAUCUCUGUGCUUUGCAGUCAGCCAAAUUCUCAAACAGAUUGCAUUGUCGAGCUCAAGGCUUCUGACGACGCUGCCUUCGAUUCUAACGAAUUGACCCUAGGCGUUGGUUCUCUCUUUUCUGCCAUGGACCUCUCCAAUGCUUGCUUCGAGGAUUCACAUGGUGGCGUGUACGAAGUCACCGCAGCUGCUUCUACUUCAUUGCUCGCUAAACUUCCAGUUCAUUGUCCCUGGACCGAGGUGUGGAAGGAUGAUGAGACAAUAAUUGUGUUCGGCCUCUCAUCUGGUGGUACUCUGUUUGGCUACCGCAAGUCUUCAGAAGAUGAUAAGGCGCAAGAAUGUCUGCAAAUUCGCAAUUGCACGUCUUUCUUGACCACGCCUGCUCAUCUGAUUUUCACUACCACUCAACAUCUCCUCAAAUUUGUCCAUCUCCAUCAAGGCGAUCUCGAGAUACCUCAGGAUGAGCCCGAGAAGGACGAACGUUGCCGCAGCAUUGAGAGAGGCGCUAGACUGGUGGCAGUCAUGCCUACAGCAUUCUCUUUAGUCCUCCAAAUGCCCAGAGGAAAUUUGGAAACAAUCUAUCCCCGUGCCUUGGUUCUAGCAGGCAUUCGCAGAAGUAUAAGCGCUAAGGACUACAAGACCGCUUUCUUUGCGUGCCGUGGCCAGAGAGUGGACAUGAACAUUCUUCACGACUACGCUCCGCAACAGUUCAUGGCGAAUGUGCUCCUAUUCUGCAAGCAAUUGAAAAAGGCCGAGCACAUUGAUUUGUUCCUCUCACAACUAAGGGACGACGAUGUUGCGGAAACCAUGUACAAGGAGACUCUUAACGCCCCAAAAUUGGGUCUGCAUGGAGACGGCCCAAGCGAAAGCCAGCAGAAUCUCACUGAGCCUCCAAGCUCGAAGAUCAACAGAGUCUGCGAUGCUUUCUUGGACGUCUUGCGGAACAGAACAUCUACCCACUUACAAAACAUCAUCACAGCGCACGUUUGCAAGUCACCGCCUGAUCUCGAUGCUGGUCUCACUCUCAUUGCCAAGUUGCGAGAGGAGCAGCCAGACCUGGUGGAACGCGCUGUUGAACACAUUUGUUUCCUUGCAGAUGUCAACCAGCUAUACGACCACGCUCUUGGACUUUACGAUCUUGACGUCGCAUUGCUCAUCGCUCAGCAGUCGCAGAAGGAUCCUCGAGAGUACCUCCCCUACGUCCAGGGCCUUGGCAAGAUGCAACCACUUCGAAGGCAAUUUACGAUUGAUCACGACCUGAAGAAGCACAGCAAAGCUCUCGGUCACUUGUUUACCAUGGAUGAAUUUGAUGAGCUCAAGACAUACAUGGCAAAACACGAACUCUACAGCGACGCCAUGCAGCUCUACAGAUACCAGGCUCAGCGAUUGAACGAGAUUAUGAGGUUGAACGCAGACUAUCUCAACAGUCGCAACCGUUACAAGGAGGCAGGUAUUGCUUACGAGUACCUUGGUGAGUACGAUCUGGCUUUCGAGGCAUAUAGAUCUGCAAAUGAGUGGCGUGAAUGCCUUUCCUCGGCUACUCUCAUACCACUGCCCGAGGAUGAGCUCGUGGCUGCAGGUGAGGCAUUCGCCGAGGCACUUACGGAGUCAAAGGAGCAUCACGACGCAGCUACUGUCUACCUGGAUUACCUGAAUGAUAUUGAGGGAGCUAUCAGAUCUCUUUGUAAGGGUUAUUACUACGCGGAGGCCAUCAGAGUCGUUGGACUGAGACGUCGUCCCGAACUUAUCGCAUCUGCCAUCGAUCCCGGUCUCGUAGAGGGCUCGGCGACCAUGACAGAGCUUCUGGCUGAAAUGAAGGGUCAGCUCAAUGCUCAGGUUCCGCGCCUUAGAGAGUUGAGACAGAAGAAGGAGGAAGAUCCACUCGCCUUCUUUGGUGGUGUUCCUGCAGACGGGCCAGAUAUCCCGGACAACAUCUCGCUCGCACCCACAGAGGCAACGACCUCAGCUGGUACUUUCAUGACACGAUACACAAACCGCAGUACUGGCACUCUUGCCUCGAACGCGACUCGCAAGACUUCGAAGAAUCGCCGCCGUGAAGAGCGCAAGCGAGCUAGAGGAAAGAAGGGCAGUGUAUAUGAGGAGGAAUACAUUGUCAACUCAAUAGGCCGUCUCAUUGAGCGUACAAACAGCGUUAGUGAGGAGGUGGCUCGUCUCGUUGAGGGUCUUAUGAGGAGAGCGAUGAGGGAACGUGCUGUCGCGGUGGAGAACGCCAUGAUCGAGGUCGUCGAGUUGUGUAAGGCAUGCAUCCCUGAAGUUUUCCAGGUCAAACCAACACUGCCCUCCAAUCCCGAGGCUGGAGAGCUCAAUGGGGAGGACGAAGCUGGCAGGCCCACAGCCGGUGGUCAGGCCGUGUUCUAUGAUGCUAUGGAAGCGAACCAAGCCAAACGAGAGCCGCCGGUGAUUAAAGCCUUCUCAAGACUUUCAUUGCUUGGUUAAAUAGUUGUAUAGCGCAGAACGUGACAAAACCAACC